UGCGUCUUUCUCAGCCAGCGGCUCACUGCGGUGCACAGUGCGGUCCGCGUACAGUCUGCAAGAUGAACGCCGUCUGGUUUUUCCUCCUGUGCUGGGCGCCAUUCCGGCUACAGGCCGCACAGCCCACUGGAGAUGUGUACGUGCGAAACCCAAAGGAUUCCAACUUCUACAUGGAUCGCAUCCUGCUGACGGACAUGAUAGCGCAAGUGCGCUUCCUGGACCUGGACCCGUUCCAUCUGCCGCCUUUCGAGACUGACUUCAAGGACAGCAUCCUGGGCAUCCCCGUCCACGGUCACGCCAAGUUUGUGAACGGCACCCUGCGCGGUCUGUCGCGCGUCAACCGCUUCGGCGACUGCACGGCGCCCGGCUGGCUCAACGGCAACAUCACAGUCACCUGCAACCUGCUGAUCGACGACCUGGACAUCGUGUACGACGCGCGCGUCAAGUACGGCAUGGUGCCCGAGCUGCGCGUACGCGUCGAGUCGCGCGUGGGCACGUGCUACGCGCACAUGGAGGCCACUGCGGCGCCGGGCAAGCCGGCCGUGCUGCGCUCCUUCCAGAUCACGGGUCUCGGCGACCUGGACACCAAGUGGUCAGGCCUAGGGCCGCUGAACCCCUACUUGCGCAGCAUCAACGAAGGCUACCGCGCCAACAUCGCCGGCGUCGUGUACAGCACUUUCUACAGCAGCUACAAGGUUGCGCUGGACCGCUCGCUGUCGCGCGAGCCCAUUCCCAAACCUUGAAGCAGCAACCGAUCUCUGAAAGCAGCGAGUGUGCUGCGCGUAUAGUCUACAAUACCGCUAUGCUCUGUAAUGUGGAGACGCCUCCGUCACUUCGCUUUAUCCUCGCGUCGUUAAAGCGCAGACAUCACGCGUGGAAACUGCAGUAAUGUGAGGACUGCGGCUGCUACACCUGCAUGUGCGUACAUUAAAUCUGUCGCUUGGUUCGGGUUAUCAAUAAAUUUUUUUUCUGUA